CUGUUAUUCCCCCAUAGAGACCAUCAGAAGUCUGGCGCCCCAGCCUGUAUCCUGGCCUCACUCCUCUGGCCAUCAGGACACUGUGGGGUCAUGAGCUCACACGUGAGAGACCUGGUCUCACUACUGUUCCUCAGUCUGCAGAAACAGGACAACCAACAGGCUGGUGUGGUGUGCCUGGUGCAGAGCCUGGUUGCCAUGGCAGCAGAGUGUUGUCAGGCAACAGACCAACAGGUAGACAGGAUGACGUCACUGACUGAGAGCUUCAGUGUGGGCACCAGUGUGUGUAACCUGGCACAGGAGAUAGCAGCUGCUUGUCAGAAAGACCCAGCCAACCAAACCAAGACUGUCUUGCACCGCUUGUUGGAGACCCUGCAACCCCCUUGGCUCAAACUGAAGGUGGCACAGUCCUUGCUAAGUUGCUAUGACGACAGCCUGGUUGCUAAGGAACAACAUGGCUUUCACAAGAAGCCCCUAUCACUUAGGAGAGUGUUGCUGUGUUACAUGUACCUGGUUCCCAAGUCACUGGUCGGCAAACAGACAGCUCCAACAACCAAGGGUAAAGAUCAGCCGCCACAGGAAAACCCUCCCACUCCAGCCAAGGUCAAGGUGGAACAGGGCAGGCUACUGAGGAGGGGCUCCAGCAGGGGGGAACCUCUCAGAACUCUUGUGGAUGCUAAUCAUGUGAAGCAGCUCCCAGUGGUUGCUGGGAAGAGAAAGGGAAGCUCCACCCCUGAGGCAUCGCCAAAAAAGAAGCCAAAGCUGCAGGUGAACAGAAGAAAUGUCAGAGGAGAGACCCAGCUACAUGUGGCGUGUAUCAAGAACAACGUGACCAGAGUACGUGACCUGUUGUCGGUGCCAGGGAUUGACGUUAACGCCCAGGACUACGCAGGCUGGACACCCCUGCACGAGGCCUGUAACCACGGACAUGUGGAGGUGGUCAAGGAGCUACUGGCCUUCAAACCUCAACCCAGCGUAGCAAGCUUCUUCACGGUCAAGAACAAGGAUUCGCCAGUGAAGAUGUCGUCUGCCCUGGACCUGCUAGCAGCGCCCCCUGACGGCACAACGGUACUGCAUGACGCUGUGGCAAACGGACAUGUGGCAGUCGCCACAAUGCUCCUGGAGGCAGGCGGCAAGGGACUUUUGUCCAGAAAAAAUGCCAACGGACUGACUCCCUUUGACUUCGCUGUCACUGAAGAGAUGAAGGCAGCCCUCCAGGCCCCUGCAAACACAAGGAGGAAACCCCAGAUCGCCGCAAACAAGAACCUAAAGUACGCAACAACUCCUGCCGCUCCGAAGGACACGCCGAGCGUACCAAACAGCAAGGGAGUCGGUCAGAACAUUGGCGAGGCAGACUACAACAGGGUGUUAGAACGCGGGACGAAACGGAAGACGACCAACGAAGACUGCGAGAAGUUCGCCACAAUCGUUUCUCACUUCGUACGAGCGUACGUCCGCGUCGAACAGCUCCAACCAAUGAAGAAGCAACGCGAGAAGCAGCUUGAAUGCGGUUCCAACAAUAGCGGCUCGACGACAAGUACCCAGAGUUCUGUCUGUUCCUACUCAAAUGGGAGAUUCAAGGGGGCAAACACCUCGCCAGUCUCACCUGUAGUAGUGUUAGAAGACAUCAUGCUGAAGAUUAAGUCAGAAGGAGUAAAGAGAGUAGAGGAAGACCUUACCUCGUACAUAGACAUGGACAAGCACUUACAAGGGUACGAGAGGCACUUGAAGAUGCUCACAGGACAGAAAGAAGAGAUGACAGACUAUUGUAGAAGAAGUCUCACAGAGAUUCGCUUAUGUUCAUGAGAUCUAUUCUGUCAGAUGUUACUGGAGCAUACUGAACAGUAUUAUUGCAAGCUGAGGUUUUCCAAGAGCAGUUAUAUUGUGAGAAGAAGAUUCUUAAGCUCUCGCAAUUCAUGACUUAAACAGAAGUAUGCGAGAAAGUGCUUUUGGCUUCUAGAAUAUGGCUGUGAGCAACACUUUGUUAGUAA